AUAAACACUCUAUAAGCCGUGCCCUCUAAUUGUUUUCCAUGGUCAAACACACUCUUUUGCAGGCGUCGCUCAUGGAUUCUUCCGGCGAUUUAGGGCCGCCUCCGCCGCCGCUUCCUCCUCAUCCUCACAACCACCACCGCCACCAGCUUUGCCCCCGCCAUCACCACCAGCAUCUUCACAUUGUACCCAAUUGCCCACUUCACAGCUUCUUGUUAAAGCCGCCGAGCCAUCACUCGCCUUCCUGCCCUCUUUUCUCCCCUUUCCCUAACCAUCUAAACCCACAACCCCUUUCCUCUUCCCAAUUUCCAGGCAUUCCGAAUUUACCGGUCCGUGAGCCCGAAAUCACACUCUCCGACGCUAUGAUGAUGCAAGAGGAGAAUCUGGAGGAAGAACCGGAUGAGGAAGAGGACCCAAUUUUCGUUCUAACUGAUGAAUGGAGAGACUUUUUUGCGAAAUCUGAGGCUAAAAGGAGGCAAGCAAAGAAGCAGGCUAAGAAACACAAGAAUUAGACGGGGAGUUGCCAACACGACUGAGAAUGGCAGCUGCAAAUUAAUUGGGAAGCUGUUCUAUGCCAUUCUUAUCAACUUUAGCAGAUUGACUCAUAGUAUAUGGGAAAGUUCUUAAUUCGAUUCUGUGUUUUAUUUUCAUAGAAUAUCUUUUUCCGUCAAAGCUCAACAACUCAUAAUAUGCCCUGAUAGAAAUUGAAUUCAAGUUUUUAGUACUACAAUUUGUACUGCAAAGUACUCUUUCUUUACUA